CAAGGUAACCUUGUAAGUCCAACCGUAGCAGAAAAUCUUUCCAAGCAAACCACACAAGAAUCACAACAAGAUUCAUCACCAUCGUCCUGCGUGAUCUCCUUCAUGUAAAACCUCUCUUUCUUCAACUUGUUCAACGUUGAUAUUGAUGCACCUCUUGACACAACCGCAUGAUCUUCUUCAUCAAAAUCAAAUAUUGGCACGUUUAUCCCAUCCAAGAUCACUUCCUCAACAUAAUCCUCGACAAUCACUACAUGAGCCGACACGCAAAACCCUUGACGACCAGCUCGUUCCUUAGCAAAAUCACUAACAAAAGAACCAAUGUUUGAGGCAACAUCAUGGCAUAAAGAAACAUCAUCAAGAUUAAGCAUAUCGGAGACAAUGCCGCACAUAUAACUAGUGCAAGAAUCAGGUAAGGAAACAAGUUGAGGAGGAACUAGGCAUGACCUGUGUGAGUCCGGGCAAGAUGGGUGUUCAUUUUCUAGCAACAACUCUCCUGAUCUAGAGUCUUUCCAUGUCACUUUGUUCUUUCGUUGUAAGAGAAUUGAGACUAGGAACAAGGGUUUAGCGUUACACGAAUCAUGCAUAUUGGUUCUUGAUAUAUUUAGGGGUGAACCAAAAUAAAAUCUUCUACCCACUGGAUCUAAUGAAAGGGACAAAAGGAGAGGCAUGUUGAUAGAAACAGAUCGAUUGAAUACGUAUAGAUACAAGAAAGUUCUUCUUCCUUUUAAUCUGUAUUUUUACAUAGAAUGAGUGAUGGAACUAUAUAGGGUUUGGGUAUUGGAAUCCUUAUUCCUAUAGGAGAUGUAAUACUUUAUAUGUCGGCAGAAUUCAGGCUAAUUAUGGCUGCCAUGUGUGAAAAGAAAAGAUUAGGGAUGAUUAGUGGCAUGAUUUCAAAGACUAGGAAGAAAUCAGGGCUUUUAUUUCUUAACUGUGAUCAAAAUCAUACAGAGAGAGGCCCGCUAGCCCAGUUGAAACAAGAAUGAUAAAAUCUGCUCCUUGAUUAAUUUUACCGUCACGGCUAUGGAAAAGUGUCCCACCUUUCUCCCAUGUGUUCUUUCAUGUUCCUUAUUUCAAAAGGACUGGACAGCAGAGACCAAAAUUUGUUUCCUGAUAUGAUACGGAUGAAAGCAGUUCUCUCUGUAUCUCUAUAAAUGCAAGGAAAAUAUACAUGGGCUGUUUCCACUAAUCUCUUAUUAAGUUUACUCUCUUGAUUGCUCUUUCAGUUCGUGCGUGCGUACGUACGUCUUCUUGUUUGUGUAUUGCAAGUAGCUUCAAUGGAAGUUACAAGAGUUGAUGUUAACCUACAUACAGUGAACACAGAUGUGUUCGAUCCGGGGAAUUAUGAUCCUAUGUUCCUUGUUCAAAUUACGUUACAAAGAAAGCUUGAAAUGUGGUUGAGUGUCAUAGACCAAGAAGAAUUACUAAUGGCCGGUCAACACCAGAUUGAUUCAGAGUCAGGCUGUGUGUUCGAAGUUCCUAUUCAAGAAGUUGCCGUGCCUGCUUCAUUCAUCCAUUACCUUGCCCAAAGGAUUUCUGGUUUCAACUUUGAUGCUUCCCUCUGUGUGGAUUUAGCCUCAUUGAUUGCUUCCCAUGCUUACCAUUUAGAGGGACAUUGUAGAGGAUUCUAUGUGUCAGCUCAUGUAGACCUUGUUGAUGUAGAUGUAAACGAAGUUGCGGCCUCGGAGAUUAGGCCAAUAUUAGAUAGCGAAGGUUUCACUCUACCAAGGGGUGCAUCGGAGACAGUGUUGAAGAAGGAGAGGCUUUGUAAGAAGCAGGGGGGUGCUGAUUCUUCUUCGGGUAGUACUUGUGUGGUUUGCUUGGAGGACUUUUCUAGUUCAGUUAAGCUCACAAAGUUACCUUGCUCUCACGUGUUUCAUGACAAAUGCAUCUUUCGUUGGCUGCUAUACUCUAAAUCCUGCCCAAUUUGCAGAACAGAAGUGGAAUAGGUCAACAGCUCAAAAUCGACAUUGCACAGUCCAUGCAAUUAUUUAGUUAAAUUUAGCCGGUUCUCUUGUUUUCGUUUAGAGGAUUAGUUUGUUCCUUCUCUGUUAAUCUGAAAAUUUGUUGUAAUUAAUUUGAAUCUAGUACUCAAAAUUUUGUUCAUUUAAGCGAUGGCAUGCAUUAUUAGCAA